AUAUAAACAUUAAUAAUAACAAUAAUACUAAAUAAAUAAUAACAUAAAGCUGAUAAAUGAUUGCAUUCUAAUUCAAAGCCCAACAUGAAGAUUGCAAGGACAGUAGCCUUCGUCUUCUUGGUUGCCAUAGAGACCAGCGGAUAUCCCUUCGGCGCUCCUGUUUUAAAAUGUGACACCAUGGUGCCUGGUCACUCCGUGUUGCCACAGACCGAGGGUAGUCCUUAUUCCAUCACGACAUCAAGUGAUAAGUACCUACCUGGAGGGACCUUAUCUGUCACUGUCACAUCCACUGUUUCGUCGGGAUUCAAAGGAAUUCUGAUGCAGAUGCGUAGCAAGGACAGCGAUGAUGUCGUUGGUACAUGGACAGUGCAUACUGCUAAUUUCAAAACCAUAUCGUGUGACGGGAACCCUGAUGCCGUUACACAUGCAAAUGGGAAUGAUAAAGGGGCCACCAACACGUUCACGUGGAACGCACCACAAGAUUCAAAUCUUGGUGACGUUUACGUUGUGGCGACGUUUGUGAAAUAUUUCUCAACGUUCUGGGUCAAGCAGACUUCUUCUUAUAUCGGAGCUAAUUAACACCGGGGAAUCCUCGAAUAUAAUGAGCACAGAAGACACACUCGAGGCAAUUCAACCUUAUUGCACUCAAUUGUGUUUUUGAUUAUUUGCGUUCUUUACAGAAUUUUACUUAAGUUCUGAUAAUCAUGUUUAUAUUAAUUUCAACUUACUUCAGAGAUUUCUUGAUCUAAAUAGACAUACACAGGGGAGAUUCAAUGUUACAAGGGGAAGACAAUUAAGGAGAAGGGGGAAGGUGACAUUAUUUUCCUUUUCUCAAUUUAAUAAUAUUGAAUUGAAUUGGCUUAUUAAAAAAUGAAACAGGUGGCUCACAGGCUCAAAAUGUUCAAUUUACAAAAAAAUGAAAGAAAUAGUAUUAGUGUGCAAAGGUAAGACACAUAUAAUGGGUUAAUUUAACAUAGAUAAAAUGCCAACUGCGACUGAUAAAAUAAUAUAAUUCAUUAGUUUCUACUAUUUUUUACUUCAAAUACAGAAGCAAAUGGUCAAAAAGAUAAAUAUAAAAAAAUAAGAGAAAAUAAAUGGUUUAUUAAGGUCAAUAUGCCAAAUGUGAUUGAAUUAAUUAAAAACAUGUCAUGGUUGUAUAGAGCACAUUACUUUGAGUGAAUUAGAAACAUUGAUAUAAAUUGAAAAUAAGUUAAAAAAUAAUGUCAAAAGAAACGGCAAUUUUCAAUGUGAAAUGCAUCAAGAGUAUGUAUGUUUAAGGAAAUUUGAUGAAGAAACAGUUGAUACCCUAGAGAUAUUACACAUUAUUUUGUAGAUAAGCUAGAUUGAAUAAAAUGUAAUACUUAAGUUAUUCAAUGAUUACAAAAGUCUGUAGAAUGUCCUAUCAUUAGGUCUUAAACCCCCCCCCCCCCCCGGUCUAAUUUUUUUAUAGUAUAUAGCGCUUCUAGAGAUACGCAUCUUGUUCUCGAUCUCUCAAAAACAUACUUAAAAUCACUGGCUGAUCCAGGGGAUGGAGGGGCACAGUCGGCCCUUGCCGCACCCCCCCCCCCCCUUGAAAGCGAGGACCUUUUUUCCUCGGGAAAUUCUGUCCCCCUCCCCCUUUUGAAAAAUCCUGGAUCCGCCCCUGCUUUAUAAAAUGUUCCAUUUUAGGGCCGGAAUAUCAACUAUCACAGGAUUUUUUUCACGGUUUACUUUAUUCAUUCAACGGUUUAAUUACUACAUUCAAAUUAACUUAUUGAAUAGCUUUGAUUUUUUUUAAAAGAUUGUAAGUGCAACUUUUCAUGGAAAUAAAGUUGAAUACUUAAACUACA